AACAUGAGGGUGCGGACAGUAAGAGGACAAGAUUACUAUUCUAAAACAGGAGCAAAAUUCCAUGGAAAAAUGGAACAAAAAUUUAUUCUUGUUGACUGUAAGAAAGUCAUGUAUGGUUCUUACAGCUUUAUGUGGUCAUUUGAAAAAACCAACCUCAGUAUGGUUCAAGUUAUCACAGGACAGCUGGUUGAAUCCUUUGAUGAAGAGUUCAGGACACUGUACGCCCGUUCUUCUGUUCCUAGUUCAUUUGCCCCAGAGUUGGUGCGGGUAAACAGUCGCAGGACACUCUGGGAUAAUGAUACAUACCAACACUCAGUUUCUUCCUUGGCUUCAGUUUCUAGCCAAAGAAACCUUUUUGGUAGGCAAGACAAGGUUCACAAGAUAGAUCCUGUUUGUUGGAAAGUUCGUGGAAGAUAUGCAGUAAAUGAAAUAGAUAAAUAUGUCUUGAGAAACCAAGCCUAUAAUAAACAACCAUUUCAUCCAGGUUUUAAUAUGCAAAAUCCAAUCCAGCAGUGUCAACCUAGUGAAAAAAAUGAACACUGGAAGAGACAUAGUUAUGCUGGGGAGAAGCCAGAAAGGACACCUUACCUAUUGCUCAACAGAGUGAUUAAUAGAGCCAACAAUCCAUCAAAUACUUGGAAAAUGCCAUCUGAUAGUCUUAGUAUUGUUUCUUCGUUACGAGGAGGAUAUGAAAAUAACUACAACAUACCCCAGCAAAGUUUUGCCGAUCAGUUUUCACGACCAAAGGUAAAUCUUGCAGAAAGAAAUUCAAUUGUACGGAGGUCUUUUAAUGGUACAGAUAAUCAUAUCCGACAUCUGCAGCAAAGGAUGCCAACCCUCGAACACACAACAAAAUCAUUCCUACGUAACUGGCGAAUUAAGUCAUAUUUGAAUGAUCAAUCAGAUUAUCCAGUAGAGUCUAAUGGGUCGGCCUUGGGUGACAGAUAUGAUAACUAUGACACAGCUGAAAAUAUUAAAGCUCAUGCACUGUAUUCUCAUUCUCGCCUACGAUCAUCGUUGGUGUUUCAACCAACUUUACCUGAACAACAGGAAGUAAGCAGCUGUGCAAGUUCUUCAAAUUCAACUAUAAUUGGGUCAGAGGGAAGUGCAACACCUAAAGGGACAUCUAAUCAUGCUCCAAGUGUGGAAAAUGGAACAGAUAGUACUUUAGAAGAGCUUAGCACAAACAUCCCACUUAAAUCAGAUGCUCCAAAAAAACUUGGAGUUCAUAUUGCAGACAACAUGAAACCUAGUGUAAAUUCAAAUGCAAUGGGUGACUCAUCGCUCUACUUGUACACAACACUGUGUACAGACAAACAUGCAGAAAAUUCAAAGAACCUUCAAAAUGAAAAUAUGCUGAAAAGGAGAAGUUUUCCCAUGUUUAAUUCAAAGUCCAUAUUAGACCCUGGUGCCAACAAACAUGCAUCUGAUUACGUUUACAGCACAUUGACGAGGCAUAGACUUAAGCAGCCAGUUAGUCCAAAACUUCCAGAAGACACACUGAAGAGCUCUAAAAGUUUGCACAGUGUGACCAACCACUUGCCACAGGAGGAAAAGAACCUCAAAGGAGAGCUAAAGAGCCCAACUGCUAGCAAGGCAAUCUCUAUGGCUGCUCUCACUGAAGCUAGCAAGGAGGAGUCUAGUAAGGAUUGCACAUCAAAGAAAGAAAGUAAGAAUUCCCCAAGUUUUCUAAAGAAAGGAUCCCAGAAGUUGCGGUCACUUCUUAAUCUCACACCAGACAAGAAGGAAAACUUGUCAAAAAACAAAGGUCCUGCCUUUUACAGAAUGUGUAGUAGUUCUGACACAUUGGUUUCUGAAGAAGAGAAUCAAAAACCAAAGAUUUCUGAGAAUAAGACAGAUUCUUCCCCAAGGCGGAAGAGAAACACAUCAUCAAAUUCUCAAGGUAGCUUGAACAGAAGUAAAGAAGAUGUCACUGGGAGCCCAACAAAGUCUCCAAAGUCACCAAAAUCUCAAAAACCUCCAUCUGAUGAAAGCAAUAAAAAGUGUCCUCUCUUGUGCCCCCUUGAAAGUAAGUUCAUAGAAACUGCAGGAGAUGCAUCUACGCCAAGAUUUAAUACAGAGCAGAUUCAGUAUCAAGAUGUAAAGGAAAUCACUACAAAUACGGCUCCCGAAAGUGCCCCUGUUUCUGCUCUUCAAAGAACAAGUUCAAUGACACCACAGCUGGCAAGCUCAAAACGCCAAGAGGAGCUAAGAUCUCGUUUGAGUGAAAGGCGUGUUUAUAGUCGCUUUGAGCCAUUCUGUAAGAUGGAAAAUGCUAGCCAACCUGCAGGAAAUGCCACCAACAGCAGUUCACAUCUCUCCGAUAUCAAAAGCAAGACCUUAGGAAAUAAUUACGGCAGGAGUAACCACAUGGUCAGCUACAACUCAACUGCUUACCAUCCGUUGCAGCCUAAUGAAAAUAAGCUGAGAGGAUUUAUGCAAAAGUUUGGGAACUUCCUACACAAAAGCAAGUAA